AUGGCUGCGGAAGCCAGCAAGCCCGUGGUUGAGUGCCUGGACGUGGACAACUAUGCCACCUGGCGGAUCCUGAUGAAGUAUGUCCUCAUCUCCAAGGGCCUGUGGGCCGCUGUGGAGAGCGACACGGUCGAGCAUGAAGAUGACCAGAAGGCACUGGCCACCAUCGGCCUCGUGGAUGGAGCUGGAGAGAGUCUACCAAGCUAA